AUGUCGAUACAGACCGACCAUGAGGGUGGGGCCAGAUCUAGGGCUACUAAAGCGGCCGCCGCGCAAACCAACCAAAGGAAACGUGCGGCGGGGAAGAAGGCUGAGGUUGGAACGAAGAAGUCCGGGAAGAAGGCGGAGGACAAGGGGAAGCAACCAACGGCACGCAAGCGUGUUUCGGCCGUGAAGAGCGAUGCGGGUGUUGCCACUGCUGCCCUCGAGCCCGGUCCUUCCGACGACGGCACCAUCGGCGGGAACGAAGACCCUGGGCGUGGCGGCGUGAGUGUUGCCGUCCGGCCGGGGGACAGAGAGGGCUUGGCGACUGGAGGAAAGCACGGCGAGGCUCCCGGCGACGACCAGGCCGCAACUGUGGUGUCCGUGGCAGAGGCAUCACAGCAGCAUAUGACGCUGCUCCCCCCGCCCGUGGUCGAAGUAUCUGCUGCAGUGAUAGAUAAGGAGAAGAAUGCUGCGCACGAUUGCACGGAGGAGCCGAAACACGACAUUGCCGACGUCGGUGGAUCUCCUCCCUCUGGGGGACGCGGGAGGCGUAGGCAGAGGAAGAGCGAUGGGGAGGAGGAGUAUGACACCCCCGUGGCCGAGGACAUCCCCAUACGCGCAAAGAGGAGGCAGACGACAGCCAGCGGUGACGACGCCGGUGGUGCUGAAGGCCGACCCGGUCCGCGGAAACCAUCUAGCGGACGGGGGGGCAAGCAAGCCUCGAGGGGGAAGAGGCCGAAGCGCGGCAAAGAAGGCCCUGGUGAAGCGGAUGUUGAGGACGAGGGGGAUGGGGAGGAGGAGGCCGAGGAGGAUGCGGAGGAGGAGGACGAGGAUGCAGGGGAGGAAGAAAAGGACGAGGAUGAGCAGGAGGACAACGAUGAUGAGGAGGAGGAGGAGGAUGAGGAUGGCGACGAGGGGAAGGAGAAGGAGGACGAUGAGGAUGAGGAUGAGGACGAGGAGGAGGACGAUGAGGGGGAUGACGAGCCUGAGGAGGAAAAGAGUGAGGAGGAGGAGGAGGAGGAGGAGGAGGAGGAGGAGGAUGAGGAGGAGGAGGAGGAGGAGGAGGAGGAGGAGGAGGAGGAGGAGGAGGAGGAGGAUGAUGGUGAGGAGGAGGAUGAGGAGGAGGAGGACGACGUGGAGGAAGAGGAGGUGGAGGAAGGGGCGGAUGAGGAAGAGGAGGAGGAGGAGGAGCCGGCAGGGAAAGGACGGGGCACGCGAGGCAGACGGGGGAGUGGCACAGGGAAGCGUGAUAGUGUGAGGGCACACGGGGCUGCUGCUGAAGACGUUGAUCCCCUUGGCCAGAGAGGGGUUUCUACACACCCUUUUCCGGAUGUCAUGGAUGCGCUGGGCGAAGGUGCAGAGCAUGGGCAGUUUGUUACACGAGACGAGUUCCAGCAGCUACGGUCUGAGAUGUACGCCAUGUUUGCUCAGCUCGGCCUGCGUCGUGGAGCAACUGCCAGCUAUGCCGGGGGGACUGCAGUGGUGCCUAUGGCUGGUACCCCGCCGCCGAUGAGUGCCGUGGACAGGGCACGUGUGCUUGUGCUUCGGGAGACCAACCCAUUCCCGUAUUACCCUGCACCGGAGGAAGUGUUCGAGGCCUUCGCUGUCCACUUGUCUGCCGAGGGGCUAGAGUCAAUGAAGCUGCUGUGGUUGCACAAUGACAAGUCAACCAUGGGUGUUUUCAACCACCAGAUGUCAUCAACCAGGUCAACAAUCAACACCACCCUCAGGCCAGCAACGUACGCCGGCAUGGGUCUCUCCGAUUACGCCAAUGCGGUGGAUUGCCUGCCCACUGAGCUACACCCAAAGAAGUGGUUCAACGACGAGCAACUCCUGGCGGAGUACAGAGAUGAACAGUGGGCCCUCAACUGGCACUUUGACAAGGCCACCGGAACACCCUUCAGCAACCCCUUGUUUGCUUAUGCGUUCAAGCUCUCCUUCAAGAGGAGCGGGGUCGUGUUCACCAAGUUCAAGAGCCGCAUGGUGGCAUGGGGCCUGUUUUCGCUGGAGCAUAUACCCGUUACCCCCCCUCAUACACCAUCCACCCAACCCUACACCACAUUGCAGAUCGAGUGGCCCCUUCUGCAGGACAAGCGCCGCAAGCGAAUUCCGGCCCAGCCGGAACAAAACAGGCCGGACUACUUCGAAUGGUGUGACAAGGUCAAACAGAUGAUACACUUUGCCGUCGUGGAGCGACGCAUCCCACACGAUCCGGCUCAGGGUGCGUUCGUCUUCCCGAACAAGUUCCUCAUCGACGAUGGCGACCUUGGAGAUGUUGUUCUUGCCCACCGGGCGCUUGCAGGGCCCACCAUUGAGUAG